AACAGAGGCAAGUGGCAUACGACACGAUGUUCUGGCGCAAAAAGAAGCAACGAGAUGAGUACACCUUUGAGGAUCUGACACGGUUCCCAAUAACAUUCUACAAGACGAUUGGCGAGGAUCUGUAUUCGGCGCGGGACCCCAAUCGAUUGCGUCGCUAUUUGUUGCGUUUCUAUCUGGUGCUCGGCUUCAUCAACUUCAAUGCGUAUGUCGUCGGCGAGAUUGCCUAUUUCAUAGUACACAUUCUGUCGACGACGACCCUGCUGGAGGCGACGGCUGUGGCGCCCUGCAUUGGCUUCAGUUUCAUGUCCGAUUUCAAGCAGAUUGGCAUGACGGCGAAUCGGAAGGCAUUGGUCCAACUGCUGGACGAUCUGUGUGAGAUCUUUCCCAUGACCAAGGAGAAGCAGCUGGCCUAUCGGGUGGCCUACUAUAAGUCGCACAUGACACGCAUCAUGUGGCUAUUUACUUGCCUCUGUAUGACGUACACGUCAUCGUUCAGCUUCUAUCCGGCCAUCAAAUCGACGAUUAAAUAUUAUUUUAUGGGCUCAGAGAUAUUUGAGCGCAACUACGGUUUUCCCAUCCUGUAUCCGUACGAUGCCGAAACGGAUAUAACUGUCUAUUGGGUCACCUACUGGGGAUUGGCCCACUGUGCCUAUGUGGCCGGUGUCUCCUACGUGUGCGUCGAUCUCCUCCUCAUCACCAUAAUCACCCAGCUGACCAUGCACUUCAACUACCUGGCCGACACACUGGAGUCCUACGAUGGUGAUGCCCACUCCGAUGAAGAGAAUCUCAAGUUUGCCCAGAACUUUGUGGUCUAUCAUUCGCGCACCUUGGACAUCUGCGAGGAUGUGAACAAAAUCUUCAGCCUUACAAUCUUGUGGAACUUCAUCGCUGCCUCGUUGGUCAUUUGUUUUGCUGGCUUUCAGAUCACCGCCUCGAAUGUGGAGGAUAUUGUGCUGUAUUUUAUAUUCUUCUCCGCAUCGCUGGUGCAGGUGUUUGUGGUGUGCUUUUAUGGCGAUGAGAUGAUAUCCUCGAGUUCCCGCAUUGGCGAAUCGGCAUUCAAUCACAAUUGGCUGGGCUGCGACUCAAGGUACAAACAGAUCAUGCGUUAUAUUAUGUUGCGUAGCCACAAGCCUGCCUCGAUACGACCGCCCACAUUUCCGCCCAUCUCGUUCAACACGUUCAUGAAGGUCAUCAGCAUGUCGUAUCAAUUCUUUGCCCUGCUCCGCACCACCUACUACGGCUAAGGCCUAAUCAUCCAAAUCGAAUGGUUAAUCUCACUUGUUGAUUGUAGCUUAAUAAACUGAAUAGCUGUUUACACUCGAAUUAGA